GAAAUGAGUUUCCUGGAUCCCUCUGUGGAGCGCGGCCUGGUUAACAGGCUCCCACACCAGGAACCCGACCUCCGGUGCAAGGGGAAAGUCGUCUUUGAGAGGGACUUGGAAAGUUUACUCACAGCAGUGAAAGGGGCAAAUUAUGCCAGCGGCACUCGAGUACCUCUCCUUGGUGACGUACCAGCCCUUUGGCCUGAGCGCUCUACAGCUCCCCCGCCGACUGCUCUCUCCUGGCAGGCCGCGAUCCAUGCUGCCAAGCAGGCCCAGGUUGCCUGGACCAUGAGUGCCAGCGCCGCCGCCCCUGUCCCCACCCCGGUCGGACCUUCAUCCCAGAGGAAGAGGCAGCAGUACGCAAAGAGCAAGAAGCAGAGUACUGUGGCCAACAGCAGACCACCACGUGCCCUCUUCUGCCUCAGCCUCAACAACCCCAUCCGGAGGGCCUGCAUCAGCCUCGUGGAAUGGAAACCUUUCGAUAUCUUUAUAUUGUUGUCUAUUUUUGCCAACUGUGUGGCCUUAGCAAUUUAUGUUCCCUUCCCGGAAGAUGAUUCCAAUUCCACCAACCAUGACCUGGAAACGGUAGAAUAUGCCUUCCUUAUAAUUUUUACAAUUGAAACGUUUCUGAAGAUCAUAGCAUAUGGAUUAGUUAUGCACCAGAAUUCGUAUGUGAGGAAUGGGUGGAACUUGCUGGAUUUCAUCAUUGUAAUAAUAGGACUGUUCAGUGUCAUCCUGGAAGUAAUAACCAAAGAGGGAGAUGCAGCAGGCCAGUCAGGCGGGAAGCCGGGGGGCUUCGACGUCAAGGCCCUGCGGGCCUUCCGGGUGCUGCGGCCGCUGCGCCUGGUGUCGGGCGUACCUAGUUUACAAGUAGUUCUGAAUUCCAUUAUAAAAGCCAUGGUCCCCCUCCUCCACAUUGCGCUGCUGGUUUUAUUUGUAAUCAUAAUCUAUGCCAUUAUAGGACUGGAGCUGUUCAUUGGAAAAAUGCAUGCAACAUGCUAUCUUGUUGGCACAGGUACGCUAGCUGAGGAUGAACCCACCCCCUGUGCACUCUCAGGUCAUGGGCGCCAGUGUCCCCCCAAUGGUACCAUCUGCAAGGAUGGCUGGCACGGCCCCAACGGGGGCAUCACCAACUUUGACAACUUUGCCUUCGCCAUGCUCACUGUGUUCCAGUGCAUCACCAUGGAGGGCUGGACUGAUGUGCUGUACUGGAUGAAUGAUGCCAUGGGCUACGAGCUCCCCUGGGUCUACUUUGUGAGUCUGGUAAUCUUUGGGUCCUUUUUUGUCCUGAACCUCGUCCUGGGUGUGUUGAGCGGAGAGUUCUCCAAGGAGAGGGAGAAGGCCAAGGCACGUGGGGACUUCCAGAAGCUGCGGGAGAAGCAGCAACUUGAAGAGGAUCUAAAGGGCUACCUGGACUGGAUCACACAGGCCGAGGACAUCGAUCCAGAGAACGAGGAGGAGCGUGAUGAGGAAGGCAAGCGCAAUCCAAGCGUACCCACCAGCGAAACAGAGUCUGCCAACACGGAGAAUGCCAAUGGGGAGGACGACAAGUCGCGGUGCUGUGGACCCGUCUGUCAAAAAAUAACAAAGUCAAAGUUCAGUCGGCGCUGGCGCCGCUGGAACAGGUUCUGCCGCAGGAAGUGCCGCGCCGCCGUGAAGUCGGUCACCUUCUACUGGCUUGUCAUUCUCCUCGUGUUCCUUAAUACCCUCACGAUCUCCUCUGAGCACUACAACCAGCCGGACUGGCUCACACAAGUACAGGAUGUUGCCAACAAGGUCCUGCUUGCCAUGUUCACGUGUGAAAUGCUGGUGAAGAUGUAUAGCUUGGGGCUGCAGGCCUACUUUGUGUCCCUCUUCAAUCGUUUCGACUGCUUUGUCGUGUGUGGGGGCAUCCUGGAGACCAUCCUGGUGGAGCUGGAGAUCAUGUCUCCUCUGGGCAUCUCGGUGUUCCGCUGCGUCCGCUUGCUGCGCAUCUUCAAAGUCACACGCCACUGGGCCUCCCUCAGCAACCUCGUGGCCUCCCUGCUCAACUCCAUGAAGUCCAUCGCCUCCCUGCUGCUCCUGCUCUUCCUCUUCAUCAUCAUCUUCUCCUUGCUGGGCAUGCAGCUCUUUGGUGGCAAGUUCAACUUUGAUGAGACACAGACCAAGAGGAGCAACUUUGACAACUUCCCACAGUCUCUGCUCACUGUGUUCCAGAUUUUGACAGGUGAAGACUGGAACACCGUCAUGUACGAUGGGAUCAUGGCAUACGGUGGGCCGGCCUCUUCGGGGAUGAUUGUUUGCAUAUACUUCAUCAUCUUAUUCAUCUGUGGGAACUACAUCCUGCUCAAUGUCUUCUUAGCUAUCGCUGUGGACAACUUAGCAGAUGCUGAGAGUCUGAACUCAGCCCAGAAAGAGGAGGCAGAGGAGAAAGAGAGGAGGAAGUCUCUAAGAAGUGGGAGUCCAGACAAGAGGGAUGAAGAGAAGUUGGAGGACAGAGAGAGUGAUGUCAAGGUGCCCUUGGAGGAGGCCGGUGAGAGAGACCUCCACUCCACUAGGAACAGCCCAGCAGGUGACGAGGACGAGGAUCCAGAAGUGUCAUCGGGCCCACGUCCUCCGAGACUGUCUGACCUCAGCAUCAAGGAGAAAGUCCCACCCAUCCCAGAGGGCAGUGCCUUCUUCGUCUUCAGCAGCACCAACCCAUUCCGGGUGGCAUGUUACAGGCUGAUCAACCAUCAAAUAUUUACCAACCUCAUCUUAGUGUUCAUCAUGCUGAGCUCAGUUUCUCUUGCUGCAGAAGAUCCCAUACGCAACUUUUCUGCCAGAAAUAUUAUUCUUGGUUAUAUUGACUAUGCUUUCACGGCGAUCUUUACUGUUGAGAUCCUGCUGAAGAUGACUGCAUUUGGGGCGUUCCUCCAUAAGGGUGCCUUCUGCAGAAACUACUUCAACUUGCUGGAUCUACUGGUUGUGGGAGUUUCCCUUGUGUCUUUUGGUAUUCAGUCCUCGGCCAUCUCUGUGGUGAAGAUCCUUCGCGUGCUGCGAGUGCUGCGGCCACUCCGAGCCAUCAACCGAGCCAAGGGCCUCAAGCACGUGGUGCAGUGUGUGUUUGUGGCCAUCAGAACCAUUGGAAACAUCAUGAUCGUCACAACCCUUUUACAAUUCAUGUUUGCAUGCAUCGGUGUGCAGCUCUUUAAGGGGAAGUUUUACCGCUGUACUGAUGAAGCCAAAACAAGUCCAGAGGAAUGCAAGGGAGCGUAUAUCCUCUACAAGGAUGGAGAUGUCCACUUUCCAGCAGUACGCGAGAGGGUGUGGUACAACAGCGAGUUCAACUUCGAUAAUGUUCUGAUGGCUAUGAUGGCACUCUUCACUGUGUCCACUUUUGAGGGCUGGCCUGCGCUGCUUUACAAGGCCAUCGACUCCAACCAGGAGAACAUGGGUCCCAUCUACAACUACCGUAUUGAGAUCUCAAUAUUCUUCAUUAUCUACAUCAUCAUCAUCGCCUUCUUCAUGAUGAAUAUCUUCGUUGGUUUUGUCAUCGUCACAUUCCAGGAGCAGGGAGAGAAAGAGUACAAGAAUUGCGAACUGGACAAGAACCAGCGCCAGUGCGUGGAGUACGCCCUGAAGGCACGUCCGCUGCGUCGCUACAUUCCCAAGAAUCCCUACCAGUACAAGUUCUGGUAUGUGGUCAACUCAACAGGCUUUGAGUACGUCAUGUUCGUGCUCAUUGUCCUCAACACGCUGUGCCUGGCCAUACAGCAUCAUGGACAGUCCCCCCUCUUUAACUACGCCAUGGACAUUCUCAACAUGGUCUUCACUGGAGUCUUUACCGUCGAGAUGAUUCUGAAGUUAAUCGCCUUCAAACCACGGCACUAUUUCGCUGAUGCAUGGAACACUUUUGAUGCCUUAAUUGUUGUCGGUAGCGUCGUAGACAUUGCUAUCACAGAAGUUAAUCCAACAGACCCUCCCAUGUUGGAGGCAGAGGCAGGGAACACCGAGGACAGCGCCCGCAUAUCCAUCACCUUCUUCCGCCUCUUCCGGGUGAUGCGGCUGGUCAAGCUGUUGAGCAGAGGGGAGGGCAUUCGCACACUCCUGUGGACAUUCAUCAAGUCCUUCCAGGCUCUGCCCUACGUCGCCCUUCUCAUAGCCAUGCUGUUCUUCAUCUAUGCUGUCAUUGGCAUGCAGGUGUUUGGAAAGAUCGCCAUGGUGGAUGGUACACAGAUUAACCGAAAUAACAACUUCCAGACAUUUCCACAGGCGGUCCUCCUGCUUUUUAGGUGUGCUACUGGUGAGGCCUGGCAGGAGAUCAUGCUGGCCUGUCUACAUGGCAAACUGUGUGACCCGGAAUCCGACUACAACCCCGGAGAAGAGCGCACGUGCGGCAGCAGCUUCGCCAUCAUCUACUUCAUUAGCUUCUAUAUGCUCUGCGCCUUCCUGAUCAUCAAUCUGUUUGUGGCUGUUAUCAUGGACAACUUUGACUAUCUGACACGUGACUGGUCCAUCCUUGGCCCUCACCAUUUGGAUGAGUUUAAAAGGAUCUGGUCUGAGUAUGACCCCGAGGCAAAGGGCAGGAUCAAACACCUGGAUGUAGUGACACUACUGCGGCGGAUCCAGCCCCCGCUGGGCUUUGGCAAGCUGUGUCCACACCGAGUGGCCUGCAAGAGACUUGUUGCCAUGAACAUGCCUUUAAACAGCGAUGGCACUGUCAUGUUCAACGCAACGUUAUUUGCCUUGGUCAGGACUGCUUUGAAGAUCAAAACCGAAGGCAACCUGGAGCAGGCCAACGAGGAGCUCCGAGCUGUCAUCAAGACCAUCUGGAAGAGGACCAGCAUGAAGCUGCUGGACCAAGUAGUGCCCCCUGCUGGCGAUGACGAGGUGACCGUGGGGAAGUUCUAUGCCACCUUCCUGAUACAGGACUACUUUAGGAAAUUCAAGAAACGCAAGGAGCAGGGUCUUGUGGGUCGGCAUCCGUCUAAGAACACUACCAUUGCUCUGCAGGCUGGGCUUCGAACGCUACAUGAUAUUGGGCCCGAAAUUCGCCGGGCCAUAUCCUGUGAUCUGCAAGAUGAGGAACUUGUGGACUUCAACCCUGAUGACGAGGAGGACAUUUAUAGGAGGAACGGGGGACUUUUUGGCAAUCACAUUAAUCAUGUCAACGGGGACCAGAGGAGCUCUGUAUACCAGACCAAUGCCACCCAGCGCCCACUCCAGAUCCAUCUGUCCCCAUCCUAUGCCCCCAUGGAUAUCCAUGACCACCCAGGCAGGCCUGGUGAUUCGUCCCACACUCAUCACAAUCACCACCACCACCGCCGACACAACUCCGUCUUAAAGUCCCCAAAAUCAACCAAUGCAAACCUGAACAACGCUAAUGCCUCCAGCAUCCCCAGCCUGAAGGUCCACAGUCGCCAUGAUUGCAUCUCCGCCAAUGGGAUCCAUCCUCAGGGCUCUCACUUCAGGAGUGAGAAUGAGAGAUAUCAGAGGUCACACGCCAAAAGGACACGCUACUGUGAGACUUAUAUUAGGUUGAACACAGGAGAAAGCUGGCAGCCCACCAUCUGUAGAGAGGAGCCAUCCUCUGGGGACUGCUCUGACCUGGACUGCCACUCAGGGGAAUACUACAGUGGGGAGGAGUUCUGUGAGGAGACUGGAGACAGGUCAUCUAAGGAGUACUUAGAGGCCUAUAGCAACAGUGACCUCGACUACGAAACCCCUAAGGGUUUCCAUCACAUGGAUGAGCAACAGGAUGAGGAUGACGAGUCCUCCAUUUACCACGAGUCCAGCAAGUCGCCAAAGAGACGACUUCUUCCACAGACACAGCAAGCGCACCAGAAGCCAUCGUUCAGCUUUGAGUGCCUGCGUAGGCAGAGUAGUCAAGACAAGCUCCCACUGUCUCCUAGUCUGCCUCAGCGCACCGCUCUGCCUCUGCACCUUAUGCAGCAUCAGGUGAUGGCUGUGGCUGGGUUGGAUUCAAACCUUGCACAGAGGCUCUCACCCACCCGCUCCAUACACUCCUGGGCCACACCCCCUGCCACUCCCAUAAAAAAGGAACAUUCUUGUUACACCCCCCUAAUCAAGGUGGAAAGGCCUAGCCGGGAGAGUGCAAGCAGCAGCCAGCCAUCCGUGAACGUGAGCUCCUGGUACACGGAGGAUUCUGACUGCCAGCCACGGGCGUACGCCCUAGAGCACCUGCAGAUACCCCCAGAAUUCCGGCAUCAGUAUUCACAGAAGAGGGACAGUGCCAGCAGUCUGGUGGAGGCAGUGCUGAUAUCCGAAGGGCUUGGACGGUUUGCCAUGGACCCUAACUUUGUGGCUGCAACAAAGCGUGAGAUUGCGGACGCAUGCGAGAUGACUAUCGAUGAGAUGGAAAGUGCUGCCAGCCACUUGUUGAAUGGCACCGUGCUGCCAGGCCCCCCUGGGGAGCCCACAUCCCCCAUGGGUCACCACAGAUAUGAUUUCCAGGACACCUCUGGCGGGUACAGCGAUGAGGAGCCAGAGUCCUCCCAAAAGUAUGAGGAGGACCUGGCAGACGAAAUGAUCUGCAUCACAAAUUUGUAGCAUUUGCUAAAAGACAAAUAGCAUAUGUGUGCUGUCACAGCUGAACAUGUGCAUCUUUCGGCUACCCAAAAGGAGAAGUGCCUUUGGUAACUGGGUGAAAAAGGCACUCGCAGGUCGAUGGGAGGAUGGACGCAAGGCUGCGGGGACACAGUAAGGUCCCCUUGGCAGGAGAGCACCACGCGUGUAUGUUUACAGCCAUGUCCACUGUGGAGGAACGGCGGUGGCUCCUUUCCCGCCGAAUCCGCGGGACACACAGGGACAGCUGUCUCUCCGGUUCCGGUGAAACUGAGGGAACGCAUGAAUCUGCUGUUAGAAAGCCCAGGAAAUACAGGUGAACAGCAGAGUACUGCAGGUGAUGACAAUCACGUAUACACCAUGGCGUCAUUACCUCAAGUUGCUCGAUUCUUCUUAGGCAUAUCAAGAAAAAUGACUCGGAAGAAGCAUAUCCCCACACGGGCCUGAAAGACCAACUGAAUAGCAAGUAAUUUACACCUGUACAACGGUAUAAUAGUACAGGUGGUCCCCGACUUACGAUGGUUCGACUUAAGAUUUUUUCGACUUUACGAUGGUGAGCUGGCAAUAGACAUUCGGUGGAAACCGUACUUUGAAUUUUGAUUUUUCCCAGGCAAACGACAUGCGGCGCGAUACUCUCUCGGCAGUGAUCCGCAUCUCCCACUCUGUCCUGCAGAGGUGUGUAU